UUCACUGCGGAAUUGGACUAAUGCGCGUUACAAGCACGUUACCGUAGUGCGGUGCCGAUAGAAGGAAAUUCGUAUUGAAAGUGAGUCAAAAUCAAGUAAGCAGUAAGCAGGGCUCACGGGCUGCUCGAGUUCAAAAUUAAAAACUCUUGGUUAAAUAAAAACAUAAAAUUAUGUUUGUCAACUCGCUGCGAAACAUUGUAAAGCAUCAUCAAAUAUUGCACCGUGCAGUUUCUGUACAGCAGCUGCAAACUGUUCGACUGCGAUCCCAUCUCCCAAUAAACACUGUUGUGUUAUUCGUGCCCCAGCAAGAGGCAUGGGUGGUGGAGCGCAUGGGCAAAUUUCACAGCAUACUAGAACCUGGAAUCAACUUCCUCAUUCCUAUUCUAGAUCGAGUUAAAUAUGUUCAAGGUCUUAAGGAAAUAGCUAUUGACAUACCUCAGCAAGCGGCAAUCACUGCUGACAAUGUGACGCUCAACAUUGAUGGGGUUCUCUAUCUGCGCAUCCUUGAUCCCUACAAGGCAAGCUAUGGUGUUGAAGAUGCUGAGUUUGCCAUCACACAAGUGGCUCAAACAACUAUGAGAUCCGAGAUAGGCAAGAUCAGCCUUGACAACGUAUUUCGGGAGAGAGAGUCGCUGAACGUUGCCAUUGUUCAUGCCAUCAAUAAAGCUGCCGAGGCCUGGGGCAUCGCAUGCCUCCGAUAUGAGAUCCGUGACAUCAAGCUGCCAUCACGGGUGCAGGAGGCAAUGCAGAUGCAGGUCGAGGCAGAGAGAAAGAAGCGAGCUACAGUCCUGGAGAGCGAGGGUAUUAGGGAGGCUGAAAUCAAUGUGGCUGAAGGCCGUCGGCAGGCUCGCAUUUUAGCCUCGGAGGCCGAGAAGCUCGAGCAGAUCAAUGUAGCCACCGGCAAGGCCGAGAGCCUGCGUAUUCUCUCAGAGGCGCUGGCACACAAACAAGGUUUGAACGCCGCAUCCCUGUCGACGGCGCAGAGCUACAUCAAUGCAUUCGGUGAGCUCGCCAGGACGAACAACACAAUCAUCCUGCCAGCCAACGUGGGGGACGUCACAAACGUCGUCACCUCCGCCCUCGCCGUCUACAAGAACCUUGCUCAGAACAUGCACGACUCUGAGCAGAGCGUCCCUCAGCCUCGCAGUUCCACCUACACUUCUGAGUAACGCCGGCAAUGCUCUAGAAAUCCCAUAUAAGAAGUCCUGACUGCGGCAGUAUUGUCGAGAAUCGUCUUCGUGUAUGUUGGGAUUCAUGAAAAAAAAACAUUUAGUCAAUAUUUGAAAA